GAGCGGUGUGAAGUAUAGAGCAGCUGGCUGCCGCCAAAAUAAUAGAAAAAAAAACAAAGAGAGGAAGAAUGAGCAGAUGUAGCGGGGGGAGUGAACUUUAGCGUCCCCUCCUCGUAGCUGCUAAGUUAAUUGAGUAACUCAUGAUCAGACGUCCAGGCUCGUCAGCGCUCUGAUGUAUUGAAAAUGAACAACACCGAGGAGCCCAAAGUGAGCACAGUGCCACACAUAGUGAAGGAAGAGCUGAUUGCCACCGGAAAGUGGGUGAAGCUGGAGAAGACGACCUACGUGGACCCUGCUGGAAACACCAGAACCUGGGAGACUGCCAAAAGGACGACGAGACGAGCCAACACAGAAGCAGAUGGUGUCGGGAUCAUCGCCCUGCUCAAACGGACGCUCCACAAAGACUGCGUGGUGAUGGUUAAGCAGUUUCGUCCUCCUAUGGCGUGUCACACUCUGGAGUUCCCUGCAGGGUUGAUUGACGAGGGAGAGAGCGCAGAGGUUGCUGCGCUGAGGGAGCUGAAAGAAGAAACCGGCUACAAAGGGGAAGUAGUCGGCGUCACUCCAGUGACCUGUCUGGACCCCGGUCUGUCUAACUGCACCACCCAGAUCGUCAUGGUCAACAUCAAUGGAGAUGAAAUGGAGAAUAUCAACCCGACACAACAGCUGGGUGAUGGAGAGUUCGUUGAAGUUGUUCUUUUGCCUCUUGACGAAUUCCAGAUGAAAAUAGACGAGCUGAUGAAGAAAGAAAAAAUCAUUGUGGACGCCAAAGUGUACAUCUUUGCCAUGGGGAUGGUCCAGGCCUUCUUUAAGCCGAGGGAGCUGCCCAUCCUGAAGCAGUGAAGCUGAACGCUCAGGAUGAGAACGAGAGGAAGAAAUAGUCUUUGCUGUUACAUGGGGCUCCUACACGGGACUGCAAAAUUUUGUAUUGGAAAGAAAAUUGAACGCUUCCAAAUUAAUAUGAAGAAGCUGUGUGAAGAGAUGUUGUUGCAUUGUGGUUUCAAUCCUCAUGUAACCUCAGAUUUUAAUAUUGGUUUCUGUGACCGACACAACUGUGUGUAAAUCAUACCGAACAGAAAAAUCUAAAUCAAAAGAUGAAAUCCAGGGCUUGGAUUUAGAAAGUGAGCCUAUGAAGGAGCCCUGUUUCCAGGGCUUUUUUUGUCCUCAGCCUGGCGAGGCCUGAAACAUCCAUGCGGGGGUCAAAUGUGUGCACUUAACGCAGAAUAUGUUUCAGGCCUUAGUCUUGUAUGCCUUAAAUGACAAAUAGUCAUUUCCAGGUUUUUAUGAGAUUACAAGUAGUUUGACGAGAUGUAGUUUGUUGUCAUGUUUCAUAGUGAUUGUAAGACAUUCCAUUACAUGUGCUAACAAACUGUUUCACUUUACAGGAGGAGAGAAAUCAGACUCAGGUUUGGUUAACGUUCCCGUCUGAAUUUGCACUAACAUUUAACAUCAUACAGAGACCAAUCAAUCCUCAGAAGAAACGGCUCGGUCAUACAAGCUCCACACCCUUUCUCUGGAUUUUGGUAUAUUGAUAACAGUGUUAACAGUAUGACUGUAAUGUACUGUAUCGAUAAAGAUAACUGAUUAAGAAGAAAUAAGUUAUGCUGUGCCUCCGACUUUGUUAUGGUGCAAUUAACUGGAAAUUUACUUACCCAAGCAACUAGAAAUUUUACUGACCAAUUAAUAAAUGUGAUACUAUCUUUGAUCUUAAA